GUGGAUGAGUGAGCUACUUGAUACGAAAGACACUAGCAUUACCCUGCAUAAAAUUGCAUCAAUAUGAAAACAUUCACUGUAGUAGCCCUGACUUUCCUGAUCUGCAUGAUAGUGUUCUGUACAAAAGAAGGUAGACCACAACUUCGAUGCCAGUGUAUUAGAACAUAUUCAGGAAAUCCCAUUUCUAUCAAAAGAGUAGAUUCAAUAAAGAUAUUUCCUGCUGGUCCGCAUUGCAAUAAUGAGGAGAUCAUAGCCACAAUGAAGAAAAAACAUAGCACAACCUGUCUGAAUCCCAGUGAUGCCUGGGUGAAAUCUCUCAUUGAAGAAUGGAACACGAAAACAAACACUAUAAAGGCAGCAAGAAUCGAAAAACAUCUUGCUUACUAAAGAACACAAAGAGGACUCUGACUAGAAGUACAGCUGAUGUUUGUUUGAAGGAAUUUAUUGUGUUUAUUUGACACCAUAACAGUACAAAUGUUUAGGGUCACUUAUUCAUCCCUCUUAUUCAUCUAUAUAUCUUGGUUUUGUAUUUAAAGAAAUGUAUUUAUUGGCAGAAUUCUAUUUGUCUCUACAUGACUAAUUUCAAACUUUCAGACCUGUUCCUUUCGAUCAAAAUGUUUUAUAGCACCAUAAAACAUUUAAGUCAACUGACCCUAAACAUUUGAUAUGUUUGUUUGAGAUUUUCAUUUUAUUUAUUUGUAAUGUAGGUUGAUAACUAAAAUGUAUAUAUAAUAUUAUUUUGCUCUCAAAUGUUUAACAAAAUAAAAUGUGAUUUUCAUUAAUGAACGAGGCGCUUUAUUGUGUAUUGCUGUUUACUUAAAGUGCUUUACAAUCAUAUGAGGGGGGUCUCUCCUCAACCAACCACCACCAGUGUGCAGCAUCCACUUGGAAGAUGUGACGGCAGCCACAGUACAAAUGCGCCAGUGUUCUCACCACAAACCAGCUGUACGUGGAGAGGAGAGAGAUAUAGAGCCAAUUCAGAGGGUGGGAAUUAUUAGGAGGCCAUGAUUGACAAGGGCCAGUAGAGGGAAUCUGGCCAGGACACUGGGGUUACACCCCUACUCUUUACGAGAUGUGCCAUGGGAUCUUUAAUGACCACAGGGAGUCAAGACCUCAGUUUAAUGUCUCAUCCAGGGACGGUGCUUUUAAAGUAUUGUGUCACCAUCACUAUACUGGGGCAUUAAGACACAUACAGACCACAGGGUGAGCACCCCCUGCUUUAUUAAUGUGAAUCUAUCUUAUAUGGAAUUCGAAGAGAGCAGUUUACCUCUCUAUCAUUUUUGUAUUUAAUUUUAUACAUAAUACAUUUAAAGUCUGUUUUACUUGUCAUAUUUUGGCGAUUGUAUCUCUGUGUAAAAUUGCGCAAUAUAUAGUAGAUUGUUGUAAAUAUGAAUCUGUUUAAAUAAUAAAAAAAAACAACUACAAUACAAAUA